UUUUUGUACACUAUAUUGACUUUGAAUAAUUUGACUAUACUAUAAGGAGUCCAACAAGGAUUGGUUAUAUUACCAUGGUUAUUUUCAUAUUUUAUAGAAGACCAAGAAAAGAUGAUAGCCCUGCAUAAAUACCUUGGAAUAUUACUCGUCUCGUCAUGUUUCUGUUAUGUAACAGGUCAGAGGAAAUCCUUCUGUUAUUAUAGCAGUGAAUCCCAGUACAGACGAGGUAUUGGUAAAUUUGUUCCUAGUAAUAUCGACCCUAAACAAUGUACACAUAUAAUAUUCGCCUUCGCCAAUGUCACUGGCCUCGAUCUAGGUAAAAUGAACUGGAAUGAUUAUGGAAGUAAUGGCUUAUACGCUGGAACAACCAAUUUAAAACAGAAACGACCAGGAUUAAAAGUACUUAUUGCUGUCGGGGGAUGGGUCAUGGGAUCUGCUCCGUUUAUUGAUGUGGUCAAAGAUCAGAACUCUAGAAGUAUCUGGGUACAGAACGUUGUUAGCUAUCUGAGGAAGUAUGAUUUUGAUGGUUUAGACAUGGAUUGGGAAUUUCCCGGAGUACGAGGAAGUGGAGCGGGAGAUAAAUUUAAGUUUUCUAGUUUAAUGAGGAUGUUACAAAGAGCUUUUCAGGAAGAGGCAUGGAAGAGCGGAAAAGAGAAGUUGUUAUUAACACUAGCAACAGCAGCUGGGAGUCACUACAUUGCUGCAUCUUAUGAACCUAAAGAAAUUAUCAAGUCUGUAGAUUAUAUGUUAUUAAUGGCAUAUAAUUACCAUGGUCAAUGGGAGAAUACAACUGGUCACCACAGUAGUUUAUAUUCUAGUAAUAUAGACAAGGGUAAAAAACGAGAACUUAAUCAGAUCUGGUCUAUAAACUACUGGUUAGGACAAGGUAUGCCUAAAGAAAGACUUAUUGUUGGUCUGGGUACAUAUGGCAUGAGUUAUACCUUGAAGAACUCAGCAAUAAAUGGAUUGGGGUCACCUGCCUCAUCUGGUGGGCGUCCUGGUAGUUAUACAGGAGAAAAGGGAAUCCUCGCUUACUUUGAGAUUUGUGAGAAUCUAAGAUAUAAAGGUUGGAGAUCAGUCUGGAUACCAGAACAACAAUCACCAUAUGCUUACGGUGGAGAUCAAUGGGUUGGAUAUGAUGAUACUAAAAGUAUCGCUAUAAAGGCCAGGUAUAUUGUGCAACAAGGAUUAGGGGGAGCAUUUGUCUGGUCCGUCGAGAUGGACGAUUUUACCGGAAGUUGUGGCGAAGGACUCUACCCUCUUUUGAAUACCAUUAAUAAGAUAAUCAAACCUUCAACAGUUCCUCUUCCGACUCUGAACUUUAGAUCUCAGCGUCCUGAAGAUGGACCCGGAGGAGUAGUAUUGCCACCACAAAGAAAACCAACUAUAAAUCAACCAGCUGCUGCAGUUAGAUCAGGAUCAGUUGAUUUUGGGGCUUUCGUAGGUGUCACUACUGAUGAUACAACGUGUCCUAUAGAUGGUGUAUUCCCAGACCCAGAUAACUGUCAUAAUUUUUACCUGUGUGUGAUAACAGGCCGGAAGUACACUCGCUACCAUCUUGCUUGUCCAGGAAAUACUGGUUAUUUUAAAUGGCCGGCGGGUAAAACUGCCUGUAUGUGGCGACGUGAUUGUCCGUUAUAAAAUAUAUUUUGAAUACAUUUCAUUUUUUA